CAAAAUGAAAUUACAAUUAUUCGAAAACAUUAUUAUGAACAAAUAUUCGAUUGUUUAUACAAUUAUUUUAUCAUUGACUAUUUCUACUGCAAUCAGUGUACCAGUUGAUAUCAAAACAGAAAUUGUUGAUGAAUCAUUAUUAACGAAUGAUAAUAAUAAUGAUUCAUCAACAAUUUGUCUAACAAAUGAAUGUAUGAGUUUCAGCGAAAAAUUUCUAUCAUCAAUCGAUCCAGAAGUGGAUCCAUGUGAUAAUUUUUAUCAAUUUGCUUGUGGCCGUUGGAUAUUGGAACAUCCAAUACCAAAAUAUCGUGAUCUUUGGGAUCAAUUUCAGUUAUUUGCAUUAUCCAUACAGAAUCAUCUGAAAAAACAUCUUGAAAGUAAAACAACAGUGAAACCAAAUUCAAAUCUAACAAUUAUCUAUGACAAAUUAUAUGAAUUCUAUCAUGGAUGUAUUGAUACAAAACAACGCAAUAAGAAUGGUUAUGAUCCAAUCUAUCAGAUUAUCACUGAAAUAGGUGGUUGGCCAAUGUUAGAUGGCCAUCAUUGGAAACAACAACAACAGAAUCAAUUCCAUUCUAAUCGAUAUAGAUGGGAACACGCAUAUAUAAUAUUGGCACAAUUAGAUCAAGAAUAUUUGAUUGGUAUCGAACCAAUCAUUGAUUUUCGCAAUACAAGUAAAAUCAUUAUCAAACUUGGACCACCAUAUAAAACAUCAGAAAAUAUAAUUAAUCUGAUGAAAUCUGAAUCAUCGUCAUCGAUAAAAAAUGUUGAUGGUGAUGAUCCACUUGAUCAAAGUAAACAAUUAUAUAUGAAAAUGUUGAAAGAAUUACGACAAAAUCGACCAAAUAGUAAUGAAAGCGACAAUCAAUUGAAUGAUGAUGAAUUAUUGGCCGAUAUCGGAGCAUUGAUUGAUUUACAAUUUAAACUACAAGAUAGUGCUAGUCCAAGACAUUCAAUGUCAUAUUAUCAGAAUCAUUAUGAAAAACACUUGAUCAAUAUAUCGACAAUAAAAGCGAAUAUUAAUUUCGAUAUAUCAUCCAUAUUGGAAGGUAUAUUUGGUCGUAAUUUUACCGAUGAUGAAUUGUUAUUCGUACCUGAUAUUGAAUAUCUAAAACGAUUAAGUCCAUUAUUACUUGAAACACCAGAUCGAGUAUUAGCUAAUUAUUUGGCUGCAAAUAUGGCUUUUCAGUUAAGUCGCCAUACAACAAUCAAAAUGGUUGAAUUAUUAGUAUCGAAAUUAGAUGCAAUAGAAGUAUUGCCAAACAUUUGCUAUAUGGAAACAUCAAAUUAUAUGCCAGAAUUAUUGGGUAAAUUAUAUAUUGAUCUUUAUUUUGAUCAAAAUAUACGUGAAAAUAUUCGAUCAAUGGCACAAAUGUUACGAGAUUCAUUUCGACAAUUACUUAAAGAAAGUGAAUGGAUGGAUGCUAGUACGAUUGAUGAGGCGGUAAAAAAAUUGGAUUCAAUGGCAAUGAACAUUGGCUAUCCUGAUUGGUAUAAUAACGAUACAUUUAUUAUGGAAAAAUAUCUAUUUAUGUAUGAAGGUAUCAAUUCAACAAAUUACAUUCAAUCAGUGAUUAAUGUAAGCCGUAAACGGCAAUAUUUAUCACAUGAAUUGCUUAAUAAUGAAAUCAUAACCAUACCCAAUUCAUCGGAUCAUCCAGCCAUGUUGAGUUGGCCAAGAAGACAGAUAAUUGACGUGAAUGCAUUCUAUUAUUUCACUACAAAUGGUGUCUAUCUACCCGCAGGUAUCAUACAGGAUGGUAUUUAUCUUGCCGAUUUACCUGAUGCAAUAACAUUCGGUUCGAUCGGUAUGAUAUUGGGUCAUGAAAUGACACAUGCAUUCGAUAAUAGCGGUCAACUAUAUGAUGAACAUGGUGAACUGAGAAAUUGGUGGACGAAUAACACAAGAAAAUUAUUUGCCGAAAAAGCCGAUUGUUUUGUUGAUCAAUAUUCCAAUUUUUCAAUCAAUUCUGCAAAGGUAAAUGGUGUUCAAACAUUGGCCGAAAAUAUUGCUGACAAUGGUGGAUUACGUGAAGCGUAUCGUGCAUUUAAAACAUUUAAACAUGAAAAUAAUUUACGUUUACCUGGUGCCAUGUCUAAAUAUACACAGGAUCAAUUAUUUUUCAUUUCAUUUGCACAUAUGUGGUGUACGAAUAUGGAUCAGAAUGCAGCAAUCAAUCUAAUCAAUACUAGUGUACAUAGUCCACCAUCGGUUCGUGUACAAGGAUCAUUGGCAAAUUUUGAACAAUUUGCACAUACAUUUAAUUGUUCGUCGAAUACAACAAUGAAUCCGGAAAGGAAAUGUGUUUUAUGGUGAAUAUUUUUACCCAAAAUUAUACAAUUAAAAAAAAAAACAAUGACAACGAUGAGUUGUGCGGGUGUGGGCAUACAACAAUGUUGACAAAUCAACCACCGUAUACUUUUGAUUUUUUUUUCAUUUUUUCUCUUGUGUAUUAAUUAUUAUCUAUUAUU